UCUAUUGAAUUAAUCGCUCCGAUUAAGUUGAUCGGAGUUUCGGGCGAAAUCGUCCUAAAUCGGAGUCGAUGAAUGCCGGAUGAAUCUGACGAGCAAACUGUACUGUAUAAUUGGUCCGCCGCGCGAUCGCGACCUAACGUAUGUCUCUCUGCAUCCACGAUUGGCAUCGUUCGACAGAGAAAUUCAUUUACUGGUUUGCGCAUUUCACGAACGCGUCCGCGAGUGUGUUGGAGUAUAUCCCAGGUGCAUCGGAGAACAUCAAAGAAAAUCGUGGCGGAUUAUACGGAGUACAGAAGGCGAAACAUUUCGGGUCUACGACACGCCGCUCGCAACACCGGAUGACGGAUGGAAAGCCAGAGGGACUCAGCAAGUCAGCGAUAAUUUAAAGCGCGAGACUGGUGCUCCGCGAGUGCUUCAUAGAAUCACGAAAUAUUACUACGCCCGGAACUUCAAACAUCUCUAAACA